GUCAUAUUUAUAUAUUGCAUGUGCACUCCUGAGGAUUCAAACUCUCCUUUAUCCUGGGAGAAGACAGAAGGAACAGUCCAGCUGCCUGAUCUGAGACUCUGCACUAAGGGGAGCAAGAGCCCUUCACUGAAAUCCUGCCACCAUGCUGGGGCUGCUGCUGCUGCAGGUGUUGGCCAGCUGCCUCUGGCUGGGACACAGCGAGGUGGUGAACUCCUUUGCAACUUGUCCUCAGUUCUUCUAUGCACGGAUUCCCCCAAAUGAUGCCCUGAAUCCAAAGAACCCAGCCCGGAUCUGUCAGCGCUUCAGGAACUCGUAUCACUAUGCCACCCUGUACGACAGAGACAGGAGAAUUCCAGUGUACUCUGCUUACAAAUAUGAGCCUGGAGAUGGCAAGGAACCUCCAGAGUGGUGGAUGGUUGAGCCUCAGCUUAUAGGUAAAAAUAAUCUUAAAGAGAUGAAAAGAGAGUCAGACCUCAUUGAUCAACAUCGUUUCACCUUAGAAGAAAUCGAAGAGAGCCAGGCUGUCCUUGAGGACUAUGAAGGACAGAAGGAUUUGGACUUUGGCCAUUUGAAUCCCAGUGACCAUAUGGAGAAUCAAGAUAGCAAGAUGGCUACCUUCACCCUGACCAACGUAGUGCCCCAGGACAGCAGUCUCAACAAGGGCCAGUGGAACAUCUACCAGUCUAAAACAAUGCCCCAACAUACCAAGGACUGUACAACCACCUACGUGAUCACGGGUGCUGUGCCUGGGAACAUUAACAUUGCCAAAGGGAGGGUGAACAAGCCCAGCCACAUCUGGUCAGCUGCCUGCUGUGUGGUGGGCACAGAGCCCACAGGUGCUUGGGGGGCCAUCGCUGAGAACGACAAGAAUGAGGUGGAGACCAUCACGCUGGGGGAGCUGGAGGACAAGUUGUCCAAUCUCUAUGGUGGAAAGGUUACUCUGUUCAACAUGGCCUGUCCCAGGGAAUAAGCCUCACAUUCUCAAUGGAAAGGGUUAGGUGGUUGUUCCCACAUGUCACAGAAUCACAGAAUGGGUUGGUUUGGAUGGGACCUUAAAGCCUAAAGAUCAUCUCGGUCACCUGCCUGCCAUGGGCAGGGACACCUUCCACUACACCACCUUGUUCCAAGCCCUCCCCAGCCUGGCCUUGAACCCUUCCAGGAAUGGAGCAGUCAAAACAGCUCUGGGUAACUUUUACUUCUACCACAGCCUGCUCACUGUAAUUUGCUGCUUUAUAAUAUCCCAUCUAACUCGGCCUCCAUCAGUGUGAAACCAUUCCCUCCUGUCCUCUCACUCCAUACCCUUGUCCAAAGACCCUCUCCAGCCCUCUUGGAGACCCUUGAGGUACUGCACUCUCAGCAGUUUCUCCAGGCUGAACAUCCCCAGCUCUCUCACCCUCUCCCCAGAGCAGACACACUCCAGCCCUUGGAGCACCUUCAUGGCCUCCACUGGAAUCCACUCCAACAGCUUUGGAUCCUUCUUGUGCUGUGGGCCCAGAGCUGGAGGCAGCACUGCAGGUGGGGUCUGAGCAGAGCAGGGUAGAGGGGGACAAAUGUCCUGGUCAGAGUCUGUGCUGCAUCCUUCUCUGGUGUGUUUCCAGCUCUGUCCCUCAGGGCACCUCCUGCUCUGCUCAAAGGCACAAAGAUGUGGGCAAAGCCUCCAGCUGCUUUGCUUUGCUGCCCAUGGCAGGAGAGAGCUCUGAGGAACGAGUCCUCUCCUCCUCAGCUGUCCCCAAGAGUGUGCAGCUGACUUGUCCCUCCCCUCCUUAGCGAGGCUGUUGCACCAGGGACCCUCAGGGUGGCCAGAGAUCCUGUCUGGAGAUCUCCAUGUCUGGAGAUCCCCAAAGCCCAACAAUACAUGAUUGUGGACAACCUGCUCUAGCUGAUCGUGCUGCAGCCUGGAGUGUGGACUAGAAGGUCCUGAGAAGUCCCUCUGAAACACAACAAUUCAGUGAUUCUGUGAUCCUGGCACAUGCUUUUGUUUGCUUGCUUUUGAAACUGCACCUUGGGAGCAGCAGCUGUUGUAUCAGACAGGCAGGCUUUGGCAUCAGAUCCAUAGAGAGCCUGGAGCAGCCAAAUCUGAAUUCCUGUGCUGCACUCCUUGGACACCUUCAUGCUCUGCUCUGCUUCUGAAGCUUUUCUGCAGAUUGAUGGGAAACUGAUUUGGGGAAAUGUAUUCAAUGGUUGUCAAAGAUCAAUGUGUGCCCCAUCAUGGAGUUUGCAAGAGCUUACAAUAAAAGUGAUUUGCUGCAGUGCUGGA